AGAAGAGACAGGUAAUUGACCAUCACACAUCUGGUAAUGAGGAAUGCAUACAAGAAGAAACACCUCAUACCUGCUGUCAAAUAUAGAGGCGUAAUCCCGCCCAUAAACGUCAUCGUCACCGAUUCAAAUUGCUCGUGAAGCAGGAGAGGAUACAGUGAGAGAGGUAUAACAGAAGCACUGCUUGUGUAAGGGAAGUGAAGGGUGGCUUUGUUUGUUUUUUUACAUGAACACAAUUCACUUCUUUAAGAGAUGUGGACAGAAAUAGGGAAGAUAAUGCUGUUACAUUUGUUACUAAUGGAGCUACAUUCUUCAAAAGGCACAGAAACGGAUUGUGUGAAUGGUCAAUUUCAAUGCAAAAACGGACGAUGUAUACCAUCCAUCUGGAGGUGUGACGACGAUGAUGACUGCUCUGACAACAGUGAUGAAGAAAACUGUCCGAAGAAGACCUGUGCCACGACGGACUUUGCGUGUAAGAACGGGCAGUGCGUGCCGGCUCGCUGGCGCUGCGACGGGGAGCCCGAGUGUCCUGACGGGUCCGAUGAAGCAGACUCCACAUGCAGUCGACAGACGUGUCCGCCCGAGAAGUUCGACUGCGGCGGCCUCUCCGGCAAGUGUGUGUCAUUGUCAUGGCGAUGCGACGGCGAGCGGGACUGCGAGAACGGAGCGGAUGAGGAAUCGUGCGCUGCCGACGGCAAGGCCUGCCCGGGCAACGAGUUCCAGUGCCGCAACCGCAAGUGCGUGGCACCCGUCUUCCUGUGCGACGGGGACGACGACUGCGGGGACCGCAGCGACGAGGAGAAGUGCUCGGCGCCCGCCUGCGGGCAGCAGGAGUUCCGCUGCAACAACUCGGACUGCAUCCCGCGUCUGUGGAGCUGCGACGGCGACCCGGACUGCCCCGACGGCUCGGACGAGUCCAUGGAGCGCUGCGGCCGCCGCACAGAGCCCCAGAAGCCCACCUGCGCCAGCGGGGAGUUCCAGUGUGCCAGCGGGGAGUGCGUCCACCUCAACUGGAAGUGCGACGGAGACGCCGACUGCAAGGACAAGUCCGACGAGACCAGCUGCGCCCAUGUCACUUGCCGUCCGGAUGAGUUCCAGUGCGGCGACGGUUCCUGUAUCCAUGGCACCAAGCAGUGCAACAAGGUGCACGACUGCCCAGACUACAGCGAUGAGGCCGGGUGUGUUAAUGCCACCAAGUGCGAAGGGCCGCUGAAGUUCAUGUGUAAAAACGGCGAGUGCAUCGAAAGCAGCAGGGUGUGUGACUCCCACAAAGACUGCAAGGACUGGUCCGACGAGCCCAUGAAGGAAUGCGGCCUGAACGAAUGCGCAGACAACAAUGGCGGCUGCUCCCACAUAUGCACCGACAGGCGGAUCGGCCAUGAAUGCCAGUGCCCCUCGGGGUACAAGCUGCUGGACAGGAAGACGUGCGGAGACAUAGACGAAUGUGAGAAUCCGGACGCCUGCAGUCAAAUCUGCAUCAACUACAAAGGCGACUACAAGUGCGAGUGUUACGAGGGCUACGAGAUGGACCCGGUAACCAAGACCUGCAAAGCAGUGGGGAAGAGCCCCUACCUUAUGUUCACCAACCGCCACGAGAUCCGUCGCAUUGACCUGCUGAAGAGGGACUACACCCAGGUGGUGCCCACCCUGAAGAAUGCCGUGGCCCUGGAUGUGGACGUCACCACCAACAAGAUGUACUGGUGUGACCUCUACCACCGCAAGAUCUACAGUGCGUACAUCAACAAGGCCAGUGACUCCUCGCAGCAGGUGACCCUGAUAGACUCGGCUCUGCACUCCCCCGAGGCCCUGGCUGUGGACUGGGUUCAUAAGAACCUGUACUGGACCGACUCCGGAGACAAGACCAUCUCUGUGGCCACCGCCGACGGCAAGAAGAGGAGGGUCCUGAUCGACACUGAUCUCAUCGAGCCUCGGGCGAUCGCCGUUGACCCCAAGCAAGGGUUUAUGUACUGGUCCGACUGGGGAGCCCGGGCCAAGAUCGAGAAGGCGGGGAUGAACGGCGUGGACCGGCAGGUUCUGGUGUCGGAGAGCAUCGAGUGGCCCAACGGGAUCAGCCUGGACUUAUCCAACAGAAGACUCUACUGGGUGGACUCCAAGCUGCACCUCAUAUCCAGUGUGGACCUGAAUGGGGCCAACAGGAAGGUGCUCCUCUCCUCGUCUGACCACCUGGGGCACCCCUUCGCCCUGACGGUGUUCGAGGACCGGGUUUACUGGACCGACCUGGAGAACGAGGCCAUCUACAGUGCUGACCGGCUGACGGGGCAUGACGUGGCCACCCUGGCAGAGCACCUGAACAACCCGCUGGACGUGGUGGUGUUUCACGAGCUGCGUCAGCCCAAAGCUCCGAACAGCUGUAACAUGGGGAACGUGCCGAACGGGGGCUGUGAGUACCUGUGUCUGAAGGCGCCCCAGAUCACCGAGCACUCGCCCAAGUAUACCUGCGCCUGUCCCGACGGCAUGGAGCUGGGCCCAGACAUGCGGCGAUGCGUGACAGCUCUACCACCUGCUAAACCUAAAACAACGACAAUACAGCCCACAACUACCACCACCACCCCUCCAACAACAACAACAACUACUACUACUACUACUACUACUACCUCCACUACUCCUAGUACUACAACUACGACCACAACCACCCCGCCAGACAUUAGCGCUGCCACCACCACACAAGCUACGACUGUGUCCCCGGUGACCACCCCCCCUGCUCCCCCCAGCACUGUCUCCAGGCAAACACCCCCUUCCACCCCCCCGCCCCCAGUGCAGGGGCCUCUCCCCACCAUCCAGAGUAACAGCAUCGUGAAGGAGAACAGCAACCUGUCCCAUCGCUCUGGAAGCGAGCGCUAUCUUCUUGGGAACAACAUAACGGUAGCAGUACUGGGAAUCGUCAUCCCCAUAGUUCCUAUCAUUGCUACAGUGGUCAUCGGCCUGCUCUGCACCGGCGGCUACCUGGUGUGGCGCAACUGGCGGCGGAAGAACACCAAGAGCAUGAACUUCGACAACCCCGUCUACCGCAAGACCACCGAGGACGAGGACGACGAGAUCCACAUCGGCCGCACCGAGCACAUCGGCCACGUCUACCCAGCCCGCGUGGCGCUCAGUACGGAGGACGACGGAUUCCCCUGAGGAGCGCGUCAUGUUCCCGCCCCCUCCCUCCCACUGGCCGAGAGAGCUGAGGGACGCAUGCUCAUUGGUAGAGACCCCGCGCGGGGGCGUGUCCUCCACCCUCCUUAAGUUAAACAGCGCGCCACCGCCUCUUUUCUAGACGAGCUGUUUUUACUGACCGUACUACCAUCACCUCUACUACUGUACUACCAACACUACUACUGCUUCUGCUCCUACUCCCCAUUAGCAGUAGAGGAGAAGGCUGCUUAAUGGUGACUAACCUCAUUGCUCGUCAGUGCACAUGUAUAUAGAGGCUGAGUUCCCCAAGUACCCCUGGAAUAGCAGCCGUAUUUGAAUUUGUUUUUUGCUUAUUUAUUGUCUUGUUGGUAGUGUAAAUAUGAUCCAGCCCGUGUCACAGAUAAUUUGUGUGGCAUCUUUUCGGGCACUGGAAGGUGGAGGGUGGGUAGCGUUACGGAGGGGCAGCAGGGCCAAACUCUAGGGACGGGAUUAUGGGUAAUCUGCUUGCAAUAGUUAAUGAUGAGGGUACGUUUUUUUUAUACAGGAAGACAUGGAGCCUCUUUUGUAGUGUACUGGAUCCCACAGCCUGGUCCUCCUGAAGACAUUCAUUACUUAAAUUACAGCACAAUGUCCAUACCACCUACGACUGAGGUUAGCAGAUAGGAAAGAGACUCUGUGUCAAAUAUUCAUUGGUAACGGCCCGUAAGUGAAAUGGAAUGUUGUUGGUUGAAAGCUGUCUGACUGGCUUUAUGGUCGACGUUUCCUUCUUGAAAUUAAUAUCAGGGUGGAUUCUAAUGUGUGUAAUGCUUACUGUGUGAGAUGGAGCUAAAUAAUGUCAUUUGAGAAUAAACUGAACAGAGAGGAGUCAAAAUCAUCAGAUAUCAGACACGCAAGUGCAACAUGCUUCCAUCUAUUUUUGUUCUUAUUCAAUAAGCAACACUUAGAUCCACGUUUUCCAGCUAAACCUGUUGUUCUAGAUGUCUUCCAUCUUGACAGGAAUCAGGUGACGCUCAUAAAAUGUUUUAUCAUGGUUGAGUUGUUUUGACUGAAGAAGGUGUCCAUAGUAGAGUAGUGGAUAAAAAUCUUUAUCUUAAUCUUAAGCUACAUCUUGAACUACAUUUCAACCAGCAUGGUUCUUGAAUACGUCAUAUGAGAACAAAGAGUCUUCCAUGAAAGUUGAGUCUCUGUUCCUGUGCUCUCCACAAACCAGUCACAGGCCAGACGAGAAUCCACAACACAACGCUUUCUUGUUUAAGUAGUUUUGUUACAUAAGGAAAGAAGAAUAUUUAUUUUUAUGGUUGUACAAUUUCAUCUUUGUAUUUGUAAGUACAGUGCAUAUAUAUUUCUACAUGUUGUAGCAAAUGUACUUUUUCUCGUCUACUGAAGGUAGCAGAGAUAGAAAACGGUCGUUUCCUGAUUUUUGUACUUGAACCCGAGCAGUCACAGUUUUCCAGCCCUCCGAGCCUGCAGCUGAGGCUCAUGGGUAAAUUCAGUGAGCGGCAGAGGAAGCACAGCUGUUUCAUCACCCUUCUGUUACUGUGGCCUGCAGCGAAUUGUCGACUAGAUUGAUCUUUCUGUUUUUGUUGUUUUUAUGCAUAUACUUAAUGAAUCGACUUAUUCUUAACCUACUUAUUCUCAGAGGAAUGUGUGUAUAUAAAUAUAUAUAUUUACAGGAAACGCACACGUACAGUACAUACAGCACACAACGCAUAAAUACUGCUGUUACAUUAUGCGGCAUGUGGCACUGGGUUGGCCAGCGUCUGGUUGGUUGAUGCAUUGCUACCACUGAUUAAGGCUUCCCUCUCUCGGUUGGAGGUGUCUGCUCUCCAGUGAUGCCGCGAUUGCUCGUGUGGGGGGUGGGAGAGGGGGGUGUCUGCUUUGGUAAAUCUGGAUUUGCAUGGGCAGAUCCAAUCGCAGCACACAGCCAUCAUGUACAUGAAUGGAAAGUGGGUAAUCUCCUCAGAGCUUGCACACUUCCCCCCCCAAUUUGAUCUCUUUAGUCUGGCUGCAGUUGAGCAGGCGUUGCGUUCACUCCUGCACCGGCCGUCUGUCUGUCCAGACCCUCCUUGGGACCCCCCUUUGGCUGCACUGAUUGGGUGCCAUCACACAAGGUGGCAUGAAGGUGCUGCUGGCUUUCAGGUGUACGCAGUGGUGGUUAAUCCUGCUUGGGAGAGGGCAUUUGAUUGGGCAUUUGAAUGCCUGCCCUGCUUACCCGUCAGAGUGCUCUGUUUGUGGACUGGCGUCUGUCUGGGACACAUAUAGGCUUUUGGCUCUGUGACACACUGCAUACAGUGAUGAAAGUUACAGAGGUGGCCUCUCUACUGACAUGGUUGGCAUAACCCCAGUAAGCAUAGCCCCAGUGUCAGACGUUCCAUUUGCUUUCACUGCAGUUAGGCGAUAGGGGGUAGGGGAGGGGGGCAAAUACUUUUUUUCUGUUGUUGAUGCAUGGCAGUGGGCCACACUUAAUUAGGCCUUAAUUCCUGGCCUGGGACGAUUUCUCUGAGGCAGCUGACAACCUGCAGCAGAGGUCCUUUCUCUUCCUGGUCUCGACUCGUCAGGAAGAUAGCACUCCACGGACUGCAGGGUCACACUUCUUCAGCCCACAAAAAAAAAAAAACCUGAAUCUGUGUUUUUGGCCAGUAUUGUGCAUACAGGGUAUCGUGAGUCCCACACAGCAUCAUAUAAUAGUGCUUUAGUAACAGAACUGUUCGAAUCUGAGCUCGGUUUUUACACAUCUACUCUUUGACUCGUGUGCGCAUGAAGUACUCAGCUCAUUACCGGCUAGUUCUCCUGGACUGGAGUCUGUAGACCGGCAUACGCUCCUUUAUUUGUGUGGUAGAGUUAGGAUAAACAUAGUGGCUGGUAGCAGUGGCAUGCCCUGAGAACACUCAAAGUCAUAGUGAACAAGCUUGACUGGGGACUCUUUUGAAAGUUUGAAAAGCAUUUUUAUAAUGAAACACUUAGGGCCAGUUUCACAGACCAAGAUUUCCAUUCAAAAUUGAAUUUAGUCUCGGACAAUGCUUAAUCUGCGUCUGUGAAACCGGCCCCUAUUGUGUUAUUUUUCCACUGGGGACAUCAUCAUAGUGACAUUUUAAACGGAAGGAUUCUUGAAUGGUCACAGGCUGAAGGCUUUGAACACGUUUCUCAGUACAUGGCCACUGCUAGGCAAACCUACCAUAGACCGCUAGCCACUGACCAUUUCAAUCUCUUAUUCUAUGCAUUUUAAAUGGUGAUUCUUGCUCAAUUGGAAUAGGAACUCACCAGUGCUGCUCCACCAUCCUCCAUUGCGACUAACUGUAGAUCUUCGUGCUUCACCAUGCUUUUCGUUCCCAUCGCUGUUCACACUUUUGCUUUGGAAGGGCUAUCUUUUCAAACGGCGAACACUCAGAACAACAGGAGGACAAGAAACCUGCGUGAUGUUUUUCCCCUGCGGAGUUGUGAUUGUCUCUUCUCCUUCUGUGAAAGAACCAGUGUUUUACUGUGAUAGGACCCUUGUGAUUAUACAUGACUAUAUCUGUUCUAGUCCAGUGAUUUUUUUGCUGGUUGUCCUUGCCUUGUAGCCGUCACCCUCCUCCAUAUCUAGUUCAUGUUAAUUGAUGUGUAUUACUUGAAAACAUGGAUCAGGCUGUUCUUUUGUACCCGUUAAAUGGGAGUUAGGGAGGGUUACGGGGGUCUGGUCAUUUUCAGAGGAAGGAUCAAGUUUUCUGGAUUACGUUCAUUCCACAGCCAUACUGGAAACAUUUUGUAUGCCGUUUGUUGCACAAACUUUUCAAAAUGCCUUCUGCACUGUGUAAAUGAGAACUUGGAAGGGGAAGGGGGUGAUUGUUGCAGUCAAAUAGUUUUGAAUCAUAAUUUGUAAAUAUGUUUUCAUACUGGAAAAAGUUUUGAUAAUGUUUUAAACGUUUCUGUAAAAAGGAUGUGUAUAUAAGCCUCCAGAAAAAAGAGUGUAGACCAUAUAUGAAUUUAUUUGUACACAAAAGCACUGGAUUUCUUUACUACUUGAUUGUAACUAAAAUUAAUAAUCUGCCAAAGUGUUUUUAUUCUUUUUUUCUGUAAGGUAUAAUUUUGUUUUGCUUUUUAACAGUCAAAUGUUGCAGAAGGUAGGGUUGUCAUAAUGUAUUUUAUUGUUUAAUAGAUUUGGUUGUUUUUAAAGAGGGGUUAUCAUUUAAUUUAUUGGUGCCUUGUUUGUGUUAAUGUACAUUUUACUGUAUUUGUUUUUGGUGUAUAUGUCUGUAGAUGGGUUGGGAAAGGGGAGGGGAAUUAUACUUAGCGACUUCUGUACUUACAUUGAAUAUCUGUACUGUAUGCCAAAAUGGUCACACUCACGUUUCUAUCAAAUCAAGCUGUUCAUAAAUAUCUCUAUAUAUUGAUAUAUUAAAUUUGUAAAAAUCA